AUGGCCAACUCAGAUGGGGAGGGAGACAUUCAUGUCGGUGUCAAUGUAGAGGCAGAGGUUGAGGCAGUGGGUGAUGUACAUGGUGAGGUACAGACUGAGGUAGAGGGUGAUGGAUUUCAUGCACACCAUCAGGGAGAGGUUGAGCGGGAGGAAAACAUUCAUGUUGGUGUCAAUGUAGAGGGUCGGGUAGAGGCAGAGGCUGAACCAGAGGUUGAGGUAGUGGGUGAUGUAGAGGGUGAGGUACAGGCUGAUGUAGAAGCUGAUGAGUAUAAUGUUAGAAGUUGGAAUGCGUCCGAAGAGGAUGAGUUAACUGACCAUGGAGAUGAAGUGGAAUUUGAUAUAUUUGAAGGUACUAACCAAGAAGAAAUUGGUGGACCUAGGGGAUUAUCUGAAAGUGAUUGGGAAUCUGACACUUUGAACAGUGUUGUGGAAAGUGAUAACACAGAUGAUGAUAGAGAUGGGUAUGGAGAUUUUGGGAUUUUUUCAAUGCCGAAAAGUAUGGAAAAUUAUAAAUGGGUAGUGGGCACGUACUUCCCCCAAAAAAAGGAUUUUACAGAAGCAAUAAGAACAUAUGGUGUAGAGAAUGGUAGGAAAUUAAAAGUUUAUAAAAAUGACAAAAAAAGAGUUCGUGUUAAAUGUUGUGGGGUAAAAGGAAAUUGUACAUGGUAUGCAUAUUGUGCAUAUAAGGCAUCUCAACAUACAUGGCAGCUAAGGAAGAUUAUAGACAAUCACACAUGUAGUAGAGAAUUUAACAUUCGUUUAAUGACUUCAAAAUGGUUGAGUGGGAGGUUAGAGAAAACAAUCAAGGAGAAUCCCAGUAUUAAUCUCUAUAACCUACAAAACAAAGUUUCUAAGAAGUGGAACAUUGGUGUUUCUCGGUCUACAACGUGUAGGGCAAAAGCAAUGGCUUUUAAACAAAUAGAAGGUGAUUUUAAGGAACAAUAUAAAAGAUUGUAUGAUUAUGCAAAUGAGUUGCUUCGGUCAAAUCCUGGUUCAACUGUCAAACUUCAUGUUGAAGCUAAUGAGGACAAUCCUAUAUUCAAAAGACUAUAUGUCUGUUUGAAGGCCUGUAAGGACCGCUUCAUUUCAUGUAGGCCUAUUAUAGGUUUGGAUGGGUGUUUCUUAAAAGGAAAAUAUGGAGGUGAGUUGCUAACUGCAGUUGCAAGAUAUGGGAAUGAGCAGAUGUGUCCUUUGGUAUAUGCUGUUGUGGAGGUGGAGAAUAAGGACAAUUGGACUUGGUUUUUACAAUUGCUCAUUGAUGAUCUUGGUGGUGUGGAGGGACUUGUUCCAGCAUUACAAGAACUUCUACCUGGUGUGGAGCAAAGGUUUUGUGUGCGCCACAUUUAUGCAAAUUUUAGGAAGAAAUUUCCUGGUCAACUUCUAAAGCAUCUUUUAUGGAAGGCAGCAUCAUCAACACAUCCUCAAGCAUGGGAGGCAGUGAUGAGAGAAAUUAAAGAUGUGAAUGCAGAUGCAUUUAAAUACUUGCUAGCCAUUCCACCAAGAUUUUGGUCACGGUCAAGGUUUACGGGUAAAGCUGUUUGUGACACCUUAGUCAACAAUAUGUCUGAAGCUUUUAACAGUGUGAUAUUAAGUGCAAGAGGUAAGCCCAUCAUCACAAUGAUGGAAGACAUUCGUAUUUGGUCAGGACUUAAGCUUUUUGAGAUCAGACACACUUCAACCAUUGGUGAAAAGUUUGUGGUUGACAUAGAUAAACUUGAAUGCAGUUGCAGAAAGUGGACUGUUUCAAGAAUUCCAUGCUGCCAUGCACUGACUGCCAUGUCAUUUUUGAACAUGAAUGGAGAAGACUACAUCUCACAUUGGUUUAGAAGGUCAACAUAUCAAGAAACUUACAUUCCAAUCAUAUACCCUGUCAACGACCCUCAGCUUUGGGAAAUUACACUGCAUCAUGAUGUGUUACCUCUACCUAAAAGGGUGUUACCUGGUAGACCAAAAAAGAAAAGAAGACUAGAACCUUGGGAGUUAAAGAAGGAUGACACACAACUAAAGUAA